CCUCUUUUGUGGUGCCAUUCGGUUCGUCCAAGAAGUCGGUCCAGCGGUCAAAGUUGGUCCGGCAUUUGGCCAACGCCUUCACCACUUCGCUAAUGGGUUUCAAAUACACAAACAAAUCAAUCGUUAAAAUCAAUCAUCACUUCCGACGACCACAACAUCUUCGCCAACAGAUAUUAUUGAAAUUCAAUGAAUUGCUGAAUACAAACGGCGAGAGCGAAGACACCCACGAAGAAACUGUGAUCGACACGAGAAGUCUUCGGGAACUAUGUUUUGAAGUCGGCUGUCCUGACGACCAGAAGCACAUCCGGUCACUCGUCUGGAAAAUCCUUUUGGGAUACUUGCCGUCAGAUCGGAGGGAAUGGACCAAACAUUUGGAAGAGAAACGCAAACUCUAUAAACAGUUCGUAUCAGAGCUUAUCAUAAGUGAUUCAAAUAGCGCUCAAUCACCCGAUGAUCACCCGUUAAACACAGCGCCGAACAGUCACUGGAAUAGAAUAGUCGCCGAUAACGAAGUGCUGUCGCAGAUAUACAAAGAUGUGAGGCGUCUGUAUCCGGACAUGUCGUUCUUCCAGCAAAGAAUCGCAAAGAAUUUCACCAAUAAAGCGGCCAAUUGUGAUGUCAUCGGCCGAACGGCGAGUAAGGCCUACACUAUUGACGUGAUUCGCAACUGUUUCGGUGCCACAGAAGUGAGAGAUACACACAAAAAGACCAAUAGAUAUGAUGACAACGACGACGAUUUUGAAUCGCCUAAAAACUCAGACGGAGAAGAGUUUCAUUGGCAAAUCGUGGCCAGAGUUUUAUUUAUUUAUGCAAAGCUUAAUCCCGGCCAGGGAUACGUUCAGGGGAUGAAUGAGAUAAUUGGUCCCAUAUAUUAUGUCUUUGCCAACGAUACUCACAAUGGCUGGAGUGAGCAUUCAGAAGCCGACACUUUCUGGUGUUUUACAAGUCUUAUGAGCGAAAUCAGAGACAUUUACAACAGUCACGCAGAUUCUGACCACUCGACCGGUAUCGUAAGUCUGAUGACUCGUCUGACAAGUCUAUUAUCUCGUGAAGACAAUGAUUUGUGCCAUAAAAUCACUUUAGUUCAGGCAAUAAAA